AUGCUAGGAAUACGUGGAUUCUGCCGAUCUGCGCAAUUUAUUGCUAGUUUAAGCGGAAAUGGAUUCUUGAGGCCGGCAAAUGGCGCGACGUUGUUGAAUAGUGAAUAUUCUCGUAAGUUUUUAUCUUUUUCCUUUUGUAUUUUAGGAAGGCAAUGAGAAAUUUAACAAUAUUGUUCUUGAUGUUCCUGAGAAAUGUAAAGUGUUAUUACUUGCGGAAGAGGCAAAGUUUGAUGUUGAAAUUUUUAGAAGAGCAUGUAUUAUAUGUCUUCUCUCUGAUGCUUCUUGAAUUUUUCUUUUUGAAGUUUAUCUUACUGAGAUACUUCGAAAUUUCCUACAUCAUACAUCUUUUAUUCAAUUGCAACAUUCUAACCCCAUUUUCUUCCAGAAAAACGUCUAUUCGCGAAUGGAGGUAAGCCUAAGAACUACUACGAGAUUCUUGGCAUACAAGCUACUGCGAAAGAGAGCGAAGUGAAGGCCGCGUAUCUCAAGGUAAGGCAAUUUGUUUUAUCCAUAUUUAAUUUUUAGUUGGCCAAAAAGUACCAUCCAGAUGUCUGUAAAGAAAAGGAUGCUAGCAACAAAUUCCAAGAGGUGUCGGAGGCUUAUGAGGUGCUGAGUGAUAAACAAAAGCGUAAGGAGUAUGAUGCUUAUCGGAGCGGAGGAGGUGGUGGAUUUGGUCGACAAGGUAUGUUUUUGAUGUUGUUGUUGAAUUUUUUGGCUAUCCUAAGCGGAGAUUUUUUUCUUUGACUGGAACCGUCGAUAUUUUUAGGAUUCGAUCAACGAGGAACUCAACAAGGCUGGAAUUAUCAGUCCUCCCGAUCGGCUCAGGACAUUUUCGAUCAGUUCUUUCGUGGGGGCUUUGGUGGCGGCGAUUUUGCUGGCUCAUCUUAUGGUUUUGAGGCUUCUCAACAAGUGCAGGUCAAGAUCUCGUUUGAAGAGGCAGCUCGAGGAGUGCAGAAGAGUAUCAACGUAAAUGCCAUCGACACUUGCGCCUUUUGCCGGGGGAAUGGAUGUGCGCCCGGAAAAAGCAAAGUCACUUGUCCAUAUUGUAGUGGAACAGGCUUCCAGACCUCAACUCUCAGUGGAUUCACGUUGAAUCACACUUGUAACUACUGUAAAGGCGCUGGAAAAUACAACAAAGACCCUUGCCAAACGUGCGCCGGCACCGGACAAACGGUGGUAAACAAGAAAAUUGGUGUCUACAUUCCAGCCGGAGUCGAUAAUGGCGAAAUGCUCAGGGUCCAAGUGGGUCAGGUGAGUGAUUUUGAAUUUCUUUUUUCGGGUUUUAGGAAAAUCUUCAACGUUUUUUGACCUUGUUUUAGUCAAUGGUCUACCUCAACAUCCAAGUGAAUCCGUCGUUGAUCCACAGAAGAGAAAAAGAGAACAUUCAUACGGACGUGGAAAUAAGCUUGGCCGAUGCUGUCCUUGGCGGACAAAUUAAUGUCCCAGGAAUUGAGUCGGACACGGUAAUUUCGAUCCCCCCAGGCACAAGCUCCCAUCGAAUUUUGUGCCUGAAAGGCAAGGGAAUUAAACGGCUAAAUGGAAUCGGAACUGGCGAUCAGUUUGUGAAUAUCAAGAUUAGCGUUCCGAAGUGGGUUUUGCUUUGAUUUGGGGUUGUAUUUUUAGGGGAUUACGGUAUUUUUUGAAAUUUUUUAGAGAUUUUUUCAAAUUUUUUCUAUUUUUUUUUUAUUCUUUUGAUUUUUAGGACCCUAACACAACGACAACGCGAGCUGAUCGAAGAAUGGAAACGAAUUGAGAAGGGAGAGGAACCGAAGAAACCUCCAAAGAAGGAAGCACCCAAAAAAGAGACCGAAACAGCAAAAGAAACGAAAAAAGAAGAGGAAAAGCCGGAAGAUGAGCCCAAAAAACAACAAGAUGGUGUGUUUCAGAGGUGAAUAUACGAGUUUAAUCAGAAAAUAGUACGAUAUUUUAUAAUUGACGUAUUUUAAAAACAGUUUUUUCAAAAUUUCCCAGAAUUUUAGGUAUUUUUUGAAAGAAAUUGAAAUUUUUCGAUCUAAAACAAGGUAAAAGUUUAUGGAAAUGACUUUAAAAUGAAGCCAGAAGUGUCUAUUGUUAUUGGAAGUAAUAAUAUCCCCGUAUUUUGCAGGUUCGUCAAUCUAAUCCGAGGAAAAACCAACGCCGACACCUUAUGA